AUGUAUUUACAUGAUAUCAUAUCUAAUACGAGCACUGUGUCUCCUGAGUCUGAUCUCUUUCGCUGUAUUAUAAAAUUUAGAAGACAGAAAUGAAGUAUGGGAAUAGAUUCCCUGUAUUAUUGUGGUAUUGACCCUCCUAAAAGGAUUUUCUGCCUGUUAAAAAACUCUCUUGAGCAUGUCAGUUUGAUAUGGGAUCCGUUCAGAUCUCACCUGUGGCUGUACGUUUUGAUCCGUCCUUGUGUUUGUGUAAUAUGCCUUCAAAUGUCGGAUUACUUUUUCUUGGCUUACCCUAAUGUGGGCCCUUAUUGAUGUUAUAAUAAUAGAACACAAGGUGAAUUCGGUUCUUAGUCGUACCCAAAUGUCUGAGUGACUCCACUGCAGGGGCUAUUUCGAUGUUGUUUCACUCACUUGCCCGUUUCUUAUUCAUUGCUGCGCAUUAAACUUUGUCAUCACUGUGCUGAUAUUUUCUUUUGACUCGUAAGUGCUUUGGUGGUCCCUCAGGGCUACAUGGACCUGGGUGCAUCUGCAUUCACACCUGUUGAUUUGGUCGGGCAUAAUCAAUGUGGCAACGAAAACGAAAUUUUGUCACACAGUGCUUCUUCUUCAUUUUCUGGUGGAUCAGGAAUACUGAAUCCUGGAAUGGUGCACCAAAGAGAAAUGCACUCUAUGGUUUUGCCUUCCUGUGGCACCUUUGUUUCAAGUGCAAACAAUGAUGUAUUCCCAUCCAAUGUGUCUGGAAAAUCUGCAUCAAACAUCAAAGCUACUACAGGAUCUUCGCAUUUCGAUCCCUUUUCUGCAUCUAAUGGUGGGUUUGAGUAGAUAUUGUUGUUAAAUUUUAAACCAUGUGUCCAUAUUAUAUUAAUUAUAAGAUCCUCUCUUAUCAGGAUUCCUUCCUGCUGAACACUAUUGGAGAAGUGAAAGUAGCUCUUGCACCUUUGCUGGAAAUGAUUUACAACUGCAGAAGAAUCCACUAGCACGGAAUGUAAGGCUUUCGGCUUCUACAUUGUCAUGUUGCAGUGAAGGUGGAGUACCAAAUUCCGGGAGUUCAAUUUUUUUUGAAAGAGAGAUGCAGAGGCAACAUUAUAGAUGCCAGGGCAGCAGGUUCCUGCAGAAUAACAAACGACAGGAGAUGUCUGGAUUGUCUCAGAUGCCAUUAUCUGGCGGAUAUGGUGGUUCAUCCGGUUGUACUGGGCUGGAUUUCGGAGGGAAUUUGGCAGAAAUGGCAAACCAUAUAGCUGUGAAUGAAAUGUCAAUGAAGUCUAACUACGGUAAUUCCUCAAAGCCAUUGCAAAAAAUAUUUGACCAGAGAUCUCAACAGAAAAAAUUGCGGAGUGAUGUUUCCUCAUCUCAUACGGUCUAUCACCUAUCUUGUACUUUUGUGACGUGUCUCAUUUUUUUAUUCAUUUUUUCCUUCAAUUUGGCAGGUGACAUACUUAUGGUGCCUAAUUCCAAUCUUUCUACCCUUGGGUUGAAUGGAAGCUAUAGUGACAUUAAUCCACAUGGCACUGCGUUGAACUUUGCCUCAGAUCCUGCAUGGUUCCGCAAUAAUUUAUCUUUCCAUAACUCAGAGCAGGUACCUAAGGUCUCUUUUCUUGAAUAUAUAGGUUUCAUUUAUCUGUUUUCGUCAGAUAUCAAUUAUAGGCAAGGUGAUUUAAAAUGUUCAUUUUCGUUUCAUAUUUCAGAUUAAUGAACUGUGCCUACAGCAAAAUCUUCAGUUACAGAGACAACCUGAUCCGAAUUUCAUGUCCCAUGCUAGCAAGCGUGAAAACAAUUUUCCUGGGUUCAGCGAGUCAAAGAAUGAGGACUUGCUUUCUAAUGAGAUGUCUCUGGAUAUGAAGAUGCAGCGAUUUUCCCAACAGAUGAAUAGACAGAACACAUCAUAUCUUCCUCAAUCUUUUCAGGGAGCAUUUACGCAUGGAUUUAUUCCCAAUUCAGAAAGUGUAACAGUUACCCAUGGCAGUAAUUGGAUUCCACAUAGUUCGGAGAAUGUAGUUGGGAACUUGGAGUACAAAGGUCAGCAGGAGCUUUUACUAUUGUAUUACCAUGCUAGAAUUUGCCCUGAUCAAGAAGGAGCAUGCCUAAACAGUUCUUGCAUAUCCAUGAAAGGGAUUAUUGAUCACAUGACAUUCUGCAAGAAUUCAUGUAAUAUUUGUGUUCGGUUGCAUUCACUGUUGAACCAUCACAGGCAUUGCCAAGAUACAAAUUGUCCUGUUUGUGUUCCUGUUAGGAGGCUACUCUGCAAGAGUCCUCUGACUAACCUCAGCAUGGAGACUCUUGAUUUCACGUGCUCCAAGGCGUCUAGUGGUUGUAAUGCUGGUAUUCCACCAUUAAAGUGUUCAGUUCCCACCUCAGAUACGAUAACAAGUCCACAACAUUUCCCUAAACGCUUGAAAAUUCAGUGCUCUCCUUUUGAAAAUUUCGGUCAGAGGGAAACUUCUCAAGCAUCGGAACUAGUCAAUUCUUACGCUCAACUGUCUCCCAGUGAACAGUUCUCUGGGCAUUCUUGUAAGACAGUGACUACUGGGUCCGCAGGGGAAGUAAAACCCUAUGACUACUCUUCUCAGGGAAGCUCUGUUACAGUGUGUGAGAUUAAAUUUGAGGAUUCAGAAAUUACUGAUGAAGAGAUACCCAUAAAUUCUAAGUUAAUCAUGGGUUUGAAGGCAUGUGAAAACUCAUUGAAACAUGAAAUUGUGGAAUCCUGUAAAAUUAAAAAACAGAAUCUAGAUGUUUCCAAUGAAGUGAAGCCUGCUGUUGUGUCAGUUACUUCACAAGCUUUGUCCACGGAGUGUGGGAAAGAAAACCAGCUGAUCUGCAAUGGCGAUGACUCAGAGCAGACACAAAAGUCCAAGACAACUAUUCAGUCAGUUGAUUUUACGGUAAAGACUGAGCUUAGGAAGCCAAAUAUCAAGGGGGUAUCUCUGGUAGAGUCAUUUACUCUGGAGCAGGUUCUUGGCCACAUGAGAAGUUUGAAGAAAUGGGUUGGAUUGGUAAGUGAAAUCUCAAAUAAUCUUAGCCGAAACAUUUAUUUGUUUAUAUUUUAUUACUUAUUCUUUUCUAGAGUACAACCUUGUGCAACGUAGAUUGAAAAUUUACCUUGUAGAUAUUGUUGAAUUAUCUACUUGCUAUGUAUUCAAUAUUCCCUUUUAAAUUCUUAUAUGAUUCCAUAAAACAUUUGCAUCCACAAAACUAGGAAUUGACAGCAUAAUACAAAUCGGGAAAAUGCUAUUCAAAGCUAAAAUAAACGGAAUGACAAAAACGGAAUCUAUACUAAUAUUCCAUUCCGGAAACAUCACAGUUAAAAUUUUUGUGCAUUCUCCUUAGGAUAACAUGCUGCUAAUUGCUACACUUAUCUGUCUUAUAAGGUUUCAGUAAAUGAAGGUUUCUCGAAUUUAAAAAAUAAAAGCUAGGCAGGAUGGUAUAGAACCGGAAAUUUUGCAGGCCAUCAGUUUCUUUUAGUUCUGGAAACCUAGUUUUCCUUUUACCAGAGCAUUUUUUUAAGCUUUACCCAUUAAGUUAUUAAGACAAGAAUGAUUCUAAAUGGUAUUGGUGAGAAGAUUGCCUCUUCCACGGGAAGUUGAAUCUAGAUUUUUUAAGGGAUCACGAAACUGAUGACACAGACAUAGUGGCACCCCAAUAGACAUAGGAUGCUGUCCUAUUUCUAUUUGAUGGCUGGUAGAGAAGUUAAUGACACUUGCCAAAAGUUUAUGAUGUGUAGUUUAGCUUUCAUCCACCAAUUACUGUUUGUUCUGCAAUUUUGUUGGAUGCCUGCGGUCACGUGGGAUUUUAUACAUCAAAGAACAGAGUAGAGGAUGGCAUCUUUUCGUAGUAUGAGUGUGGACACAGAAUUCAUUUUUCAACAUUAAAGUCAUUGAGGUGAAACAUAGAUUUGUUGUGCCACCGUAAUGCUUUCAGGGAAACUAUGCAUAUGUCAAUGGACCACCCUGAGUAAGCACAUUGAGGGUAGUGGGAACAAUAAGACUUUGGAGAUUGUCACAGUUGGGGAUAACUGCGUGAUGAGGGUGAUUAAUGUUAAAUGGGCGAAUCUUGUAAGGUUGGCAUUGGAUCCAUUGACAAGUACGUAAAAGACGUGCGAAAGAUCUAAUUGGAGCCGUUAUUCUACGGUUUUAUAAAAGUCUCAUUGGAUUUUUGAUAGUUUGGGGUUGAAGCCAGCUGUAUUGGGAAGGUGUUAGGAUAGGUGCUGUAAAAUGGAUGCACUUGCAGCAAAGGCAUUUCUUCAUGGAAAUGUUGGAGCAAUCCUGUAUUGUUGAUUUGCUGAUGGCAUGACAGACAAGAAUGAGAUGUUAAUUGUUUCAGAGGAGGCAGCAUCUGCUUAUUCAGAAAAUCAUGAUUGCGGGUUGGGAUCUCCAUUGUUGCUCCGAAGAAAGUGGCAACUGAACUUAUUGAGACGGUAUUCUAGAGUAAAUGGGGAGUUGGCCCAUGCGAGAUUUUUCAAGGGUAUUGCAGAAGACAAGAAGCAUUCAUUAGAAGAGAAACUGGGUGUCUUCUGUGGGAAAGCCAGUCUCAAUGAUUGCAUAGUGGACUGUGAGAGGACACUGUGAUUUCCCUUUUUUUAAUUCUCUUUUUUUCGGGUUUGGAGUGUAGCUCAAUCGUAACUGACCUUUGAAUCGUAACCUUACCUAUCAUCUGUAACGUGUUGUACCAACUGUUUCUGCAAAUUACUCAAAAUUUAAUGGCCAAUAUUAGAAAUUUUUCCUGUAUAUAACAGUCACGUAUGGUGUAAAUAUGAAGUGAGACUUUCCUCUGCAUAUUCUCUCUCCUAGGGUUUGCGCCAACAAUAUGAACUUGCUUUUGUUUCAUCUUCCAAAUUAGUCUGCUGUUUUUGGUACCUUAUGCCACCAGUUUCCAGGACCCUGUCACCUGUUUUCUAUUGUUUUACUUUUUCCGCUGUUAGUUCUUGAAAGAGGGGGCUUGUGACGUCAUUAUCCAUUAAAUUUCAUUCCCAUAAUAUGUAUACUUUUCAUCAGUAAUAUUUUUCUGGCAUUAAGUUUUAAAGUGGGGGAGAUUCUGAUUUAUCAUCUGUUAUGUUUCAUUACUUUCUUUUAGGGUAAAGCAAGGGCAGCGAAAAAUCAAGCAGUGGAAAAUUUGGGUGAUAAGAAUUCCUGCCAGUUGUGUGGAAUAGGGGCCCUUUCCUUUGAGCCACCUCCUAUAUACUGUGUGAAAUGCUAUGGGCGCAUCAAGCACAACAGAGCAUAUCACACAAUGGCUAACUGUGAUAGUUUAAUGAAUGGAGGAGCUGGACGCUUAUAUCUAUGCAAUCCAUGCUACAACGGGUCCCAUGGGGAUAGCAUUACAUAUGUUGGGGGUGUCUUACCUAAAGUAAAGCUGGAAAAGAAGCGGAAUGAUGUUCAAAUUUUAGAGUUGGUAUGCAUAUUUGGCUUCUUCCGUAUUUGUACCCUGAAUGAUUUAUUUUCUGUUAGUGAUGAAAAAUCUAAUUGACAUUUCUUGGCAGUGGGUGGAGUGUGACAAGUGCAAAGCUUGGCAACAUCAGAUAUGUGCCCUUUUCAAUGGUAAAAGAAAUGUAGGAGGGCAUGCUGGAUACACUUGCCCCAAGUGCUACUUGCAGGAGAUAGAAAAUGGUGAGUGUAAACCGCUACCAGAUGGUGUAAUUCUUGGUGCUGAAGACUUGCCAAGGUCAAAACUUAGUGAUCAUAUAGAACAAAGGCUGCUUUCGAGUCUAGCACAAGAGAGACAAGAAAGAGCAAGAAGCUUGCAAAAGAACUUGGAUGAAGUAAGCUUUUGACUACCUGAUUAUACUAAUUGAGGACUGUGCGCCUACACCCUAGUGAUUAUCUCAUCUGCCCAUAGUUAUUUAUUCAUAGCUGCCUGGUUGUAUGCAUCUGAAACCCAACAAACUACACUGUAUGCUGUUGUCCAAUCACCUUUGUCUAUUAAUUAACCUUUAUUUUCAAGAAGAAUCUUCAAUUUUUUAAUAAUCUAGAAAAUAUUUUCUUGGUUCUCCUUGACAUGGAAAAUCAGAACUGGUCCAGCAAGGAUAUCCUUCUGUACUGUACAGAUCUUGGUUACUUCCCGUAUGGUUGGAUUCCAGUUGGAUUUGUUUCUUUUUUGUAACAAAAAUGGCCAUUAAUUUUUUUUAACAAAAAAAGAAUCUAAAUGAAGUUCUCAAAUAGCUACAAUAUUCUAAUUACUUAGAUGAGAUUUACGACGUUCGUUUUCAUGAUUGAAUAUGAUACUUUUCUGGGUGUGUUUUGUUGGCUUUUUAUCAUUCAGGGAAAUAUUUACUCGUGAUCUGAGAAGUUCCUUCUUCGGCUUGUUAUAGCUCAUAUUCUUACAGAUAGAUUCAUCAGUGAAAUCUGGUGCGAUUUAAGGGAUAUAAAAUGUUGAGAACUGGUUACCUGGAGGGUGUGUGCUGGGAGUUAUAUUGUGCUUUGCAUACAUGAAUGUGUCUGUGCUGUUUACUUCACCUGUAAUUUGGUUAUAUGUUCUUUAUUCAGAACAUGUGUACUUGGAUCAGGUUGAUGAAGCUGUUGCCCAGGGUUUGAACUUUCCAAAAUUCAGCUGUAUUUGCACUAACGCUGGAUAGUUUGAAUUUGUUAGGUUUCGUUUACACUGAUGUAUCCUAGGGCUAACUAGAUGUGCUCCCCUGGUCACAGUGGCCUAUGUGUCGGGCUGCCCCACAACUUGGGGCAUAUUUCUAAUUAACCGACAUUAUUCUGUGUUUUUGGAUAUGUUGGUUACUGCAGUUUGUUACUCUAAAAAGAAAUUAGUAAUAAACGUUGUACAUGUGUGCCCUCAAAAUCUGUUUACAAGAGGCAAGCUGAGGGGUUUCCACAUUGACUUGGUGUUUAUCCGCUUGUGCUUAGCUUGAGAACAAGAGAAUUAUUUUCUCCCAAUCUUCCCCAUAGAUUGUGAUUCAUUUUUUCUGCUCUUUAAAAAACUAGUACAUCGUGUCCUGUACAUCAUGAAAUUAUAUAUCUGCUGAUCUAUUUUCACGUUUCAAGUAUCGUUUGACUGUUCCAUGGUGUGGAUUCCUCGAAUAAAUUUCCCCAGCUGCUUACCCGGGUCCUUGAUGUACCUUCAGAAUCUGGACGUUCAUCCAACAUUAAUCCAAUGUCAGAAAGUUUUGCAGCUAAUCCUGCCUGCAACCUUCUGUUCUAAAGUAAAAGGAAUAGUUGCAUCUUCGUAGCACAAAGCUGCCAUCAGAGAGAAUAUUCAUUCUUGUUUGUGAUUAUGUAAGGAACACGGAUUGAGGCUGAAGGUUUUUAUCAUGAGGAUGAAGCCCGUUGCAUACUGAGGCUACAACCUUCGACCCCCUUUCUUUUGAAAUUUAGUGAAUCUACGGUUUCCCAUUUCCAAAAAAAGUUCUUUAAAACUGGAGUUGUGUAGCGCUUCCAUGGAGGCUGCUCCCUGUUCUGAAUCCAUACCAGGGAGUACUGGAAAUAAUGUCAAAGUAGCAUCUCUAUUGAUUUACUACCCAUGACUGCACUAUCCUUUACCUGACUUAAAUCAUACUUCAAUUCGUCUUUCUGUCCGUCAUAUCAGAUCUUAGAGUCUACAUGGUUUCGCAAUUCAUAACAGUUGGCUAAUUUUUAACAUUGCUUUUCCUCGUUACUUGCUAGGUCCCUGGUGUGGAGAAACUUACUGUUAGAGUUGUUUCAUCGGUGGACAAGAAAUUAGAGGUGAAACAAAUAUUUCGCCGGAUUUUUGACGAAGAAAAUUAUCCAGCAGAGUUUCCUUACAAAUCAAAGGUUGAAUUUCUUAUCGACUGUAAUGCAUGUAUCUCUGUUUUUUUUUUUUUUCGUUUCUGUAAUGCUUUUAUAGUUGAAUCUUGUGCUUUUUUUUCUUUUAUCUGUAAUUUACUUGAGAGGUUGUUUCCAGGCCAUUCUGUUGUUUCAGAAGAUUGAGGGUGCCGAUGUCUGCCUCUUCGCUAUGUAUGUCCAAGAAUAUGGGGCUGCAUGCUCACAACCAAAUCAAAGACGUGUUUGUCUUUCAUAUCUGGAUUCUGUCAAGUAUUUCAGGCCUGACAUAAAGUCUGUGACUGGAGAAGCCCUCCGUACCUUCGUUUAUCAUGAGAUACUGGUACUCUAUCCAUUGUACCCUCAGUCAUUUGCAUCUGUCAUAGACUUUUAUGGUGUUAUCUGUUGAUUGUUUGUUGCAUUCCUUUUUAUCCAUCAUGCCCACUCUACAUCAAGAUUUCAAAUUUUCAGUUUUAAAGUUCAGUUUCUCCUGACCGCCUUUCAUUUUGUUGAUUAUAUUUUGGGGUAGUCUUAGAUUUUGACUUACAAUGACGAUGCAAUGUUUCUGUGAUCAGAUAGGUUAUCUUGAUUACUGCAAAAAACGGGGUUUCACAAGCUGCCAUAUUUGGUCUUGUCCACCUCUGAAACAAGAAGAUUUCAUUUUGAACUGCCAUCCUGAGAUACAGAAGACUCCGAAGCCUGACAAACUCCGUGAAUGGUGAGUCGAAUUUCUUUAAUUUUUUAUUCAUUGUUUCAUGUUUUGCAUCUCAUCUUCUUAUACUCAUCUCCUUCCAGGUACCUGGCAAUGGUUCGGAAAGCUGCCAAGGAAAACGUAGUUGUGGAAAAUACUAAAUUAUAUGACUUCUUUUUUAUGCUACCAGAGGAUUGCAAAGCCAGUGUAACUGCAGCUCGUUUGCCAUAUUUUGAUGGUGAUUACUGGCCAGGAUGUGCAGAAGAUUUAUUACAAAGUUUGCAGCAAAUAGAAGAUGGUAAGGAACCACAAAAGAAGGGGAGGAUGACUAUAACAAAGAGGGCCCUAAAAGCUGCUCGUCAUGGUUCUUUGACAGACAGUCCUUCAAAAGAUUCACUCCUAAUGUUCAAAGUAAAUAUUCAAUGAACUUUUCCACUAUAAUUUCUUGAAGUUGCUCUUUAUCACUUCUUAGUUCAACAAUUUUGAAUUAGGGUGCUGAUCUUUGUGUUCGCUAUGAUUUUAUAUGAAUGCUAGCAGUGAUAUGUUUAAUUUUUUUUUCAUUUAUGACUUCAUUUGUGAUUUGACUUGUUGAAUGGGUUAGUAAUUUAUUGGAUUUAUAGAAGCUCACCUUAUCUAUUUUGUUGUUACCCGCAGCUUGGGGAGGUCAUCCGCCCAAUGAAAGAUGAUCUUAUCAUAAUCCACUUGCAGCAUGCUUGUAGUCAUUGCUGUGAGAUGAUCGUAGCUGGAAAGAGAUGGGUCUGUAAUCAAUGCAAAAAAUUCCAGCUUUGUGAAAAGUGAGGACUCUCAUAUUUAUUCUUCUCGUCUGUUUUUCCCCAUGGGCUUAUUUUUACGUUAUCGAAUGUUGUUGUCUCUUUCUAUGUCCAAAUAUCCUUUUCUUAGCUCAAUUUUUUUAAGAAAAAUGUAAUUGUGCCUUUUUUAGUGAAACUGUAAGUUGAUAUUCUUUUUUGAAAUGUCACUAACCAUUGUUUGGGAUUUUCCGAAUUAUAAUCCGGGAGGAAUUACGAGUAUGAAAAUAUUUCUAGAUAGUCUUUAGUAUAUAUACCAAGAAUUAUCAUUGUGAUUAUUGAUCAAAAAGACCAUUAAAUGCUACACUCUACCAGACACCCCACAAGGAAAGGCCCAGCCCAUCCAUGUAAGUUUUACAUGAAAGCAUGGUCGUCUAAAGAUGAUGCUCUCGAUAGACAUAGCUUUGAAAGUUCUAGAUUGUAUUAUGAUAAUGAAUCCGUCCUUUUCAGUGAAAUACUCACAGGACUCCUGCCGCACCUUGUGGCGAGCCUUCUGACAUGAGUUUGAUUGUAAAACGCACCCUUGUGCGGUCUUGGUGAUGGGUAGUGUAACUGAUGUCGUGGAGUCUUACGUUUUCAGAUGCUACGAUGAUGAGCAAUCAAUGGAAGAGAAUGGCAGGCACCCAGUUAAUAGUAGAGAGAAGCAUUCAUAUUAUCCGGUGAGCAUGCCCAAAGUUCACCUCUGGUCAUUGAUCCUCCAUCAUUUGCCUCUCGGACAGAGUUGGUCUAAUAUCCUGUGAUCCCUCCAGGUUGAGGUGGAUGCUGUGCCGGCGGACACAAGUGACGAGGACGAGAAUCUUCAGAGCGAGUUCUUUGACAGUAGACUGGCCUUUCUGAACCUUUGUCAAGGGAACCAUUAUCAGUAUGACACGCUGCGCCGGGCAAAGCAUUCGACCAUGAUGAUUCUCUACCAUCUCCACAAUCCGACUGUGCCUGCCUUUGUGUCCUCAUGCUUUCACUGCCAUGAGGACGUUGAAGCAGGUCAGGGCUGGCACUGUGAGACCUGCCCCGACUAUGAUCUGUGCAACUCCUGUUAUCAGCGGGAAGGCAGCACAGGCCAUGCCCACGAGUUGGUGAGGCAGAUGCCUGCGGGCUCCCACGACGUGUUGCUGCAGAAGGUGGAAUCUCAGCAGAGACAAGCCCCGCGGGUAGAUGAUUUCCUCCUCCAAGAACCUUUUUACUCGGAUUUAGAUAGUUAUCUUCACAUGAGAAUCCUCCUGCGCUCAGUUGUGAACUCUUGACUCCUCUUUGCGUAGUAGCUCACAAUUUUUUAUUUCUUUAUUUUCGAUUAGACACAAGACCUGCUGGACCUCCUGGUGCACGCCUCAAAGUGCCGGACGACGCACUGCACCUACCCCUCCUGCCACAAUGUUAAAGGGCUCUUCCACCACGGCGCGAACUGCAGGAUCCGCAUGAGCGGAGGCUGCCAUUCCUGCAAGAAGAUGUGGUACAUUCUGCAUCUGCACGCCCGCGCCUGCAAGGAAGGCCCGGAAUGCCGUGUCCCACGGUGCAGGUAUGCUCAUUUCUCUCCCUUCCUCUCUCCGCCGACGACCCCCUUCCUCGUCCCCAGAGGAAACAUCAGCUGCCGCCUUCCCGUUGAUUCGCAGGGACCUGAAGCAACACAUGAGGAAGAUGGAGUCGCAGUCCAAUUUCCGACGCCGGGUCGGGGCCAUGGUAAGAAUGAGGCAGCUGGAGAAGUCAGCGGCACUCGGGGACAGCGAGUGA